AUGGAUCGCGAACGUUUUAAGGGCAAUCCAGUCCAAGAUCGGAGUGAACAUUGGGGAGAGCUUAGGCGAGGGCAGGCUAGAAUCGAAUCGAGAAAUACGAAGCGGGACUUGGUGAUCCCGUUAUAUGCGAAACAUCUUAAGCUUCAACCGAGAGACAAGAUGCAUAUAGAAGUACAAGUAGCGCUAAACUUUGUCAUCUCCUACCUUUACAACAAACUGCCGAGGAGGAGGGUCAACAUAUUCGGAGAAGAGCUCGAAAAGGCACUUAAAGAAAAAUUCAGGGGGCACUGGUAUCCGGAAAAGCCAUUCAAAGGAUCCGCAUUCCGAUGUUUGAAAACCGGAGAUCCAGUAGACGCGGUAUUCGAGAGGGCAGCGCGAGAGAGUGGAGUCCUGAUCCAGGACAUCUUGGAGAACCUGCCAGCCGAUCUAGCUGUCUGGGUCGACCCUGGUGAGGUCUCCUACAGGAUCGGCGAGAAGGGAACCAUCAAAGUCCUCUACAAUGAGGCCAACGACGUGCACGAAGAGGCCAAUGCAGACAGGGAAGUCAUCAAGACCUUCAACCCGGAGGCGCAGUGCUUCAGGCCGAUAGAGGCUGGCUUGGGCGCACUGAGCCUCAGCCCCAAGGGGUCGCCCCCCCUGUCCCAGGAGGUCUCUCCGGCCUUCAAGGCUCCUGCAUCUCCCAGCCCAUCUACAUUCAUUCCCAGGACUACAGCACCUCUCACAUUCACCACGGCCACUUUUGCCCAGACCAAGUUCGGUAGCACCAAGCUGAAGACCAAUAGCAAGAGGGCAAACAGGAUGUCUCCUACGGAGUUCUCCAACUAUAUCAAGCAGCGUGCGAUGCAACAACAGCAAGCCGGUGCUGGGCACCAUAGCCUUCACCCUGGCUCGCCUGGUCGCUCCCUCUCUCCACCUCAUGACUUCCUCUAUCCGCCAUAUUAUGGCUACCCAGGAUCGGAGAUCUAUCACAAAUUUCCGUACCUAGAUCCAUAUUACACUGGAGGGACUCCAACAGGUGGUCAGCAAGGCAGCAGCCAGUCGAGCGAUGGAUCGACCAGCAAGCAGCAACAGCUUAUUGAUUCACUGGCAAGUUUCUCAGCUGGGUAUUCGCCCAGCCAGUUCCAGCAUCUCCUCGUCGCCAACUAAAUCAAGACUUAGAUAGCCCAACUGAUACCGUCUUCUCAUCUUCCCAUCUUCCUUUUCCAUGUGCCCAUAUCUCAAGACAGACUAAUUUUUUUAUUCAAACUAGUCCUGUGAAAUUUUUUUAAUUUUAUAAAUGAUUUUAUACAUUUUAUAGCUUAAACAGCUUUAUGCUCCUGCAAAAAAAAAUAAGUAUGAAUAUCACCUGAAGUAUCAUGAAAACCGAAAAUGGUAAUUUUUCUAUUAGCUUAUUGUAAAUUUAAUUUUUCAUUCCUAACAUGUUCAUAUUCUUCUGUAAUGCAUAAACCACUAAGCUGUCAAAUGGUGUUUUUCUACUUAAAUCUUCAAAUAAAUAUCCGGAUAUUAUUGCGGUACAUAAGGUGAUAUUUUAAUGUGACUUAAAAAGUUCUACUUGCCACUUAUUUUUUAUUUAUUUAUUAUUUUUUUAAAUUUAAUGACUUGGUUACAAAUCCAAAGAUUGAGUUGCAACUAAGAACCUAUUUAAAAAAAUGAAAAAAAAAAUGUACCUUUGCUAUUAUUAAGUAUAGGUAAGUCAUAUUGAAAAAAGAAAAAAAAAUUGAAAUUAUUAUGUGGAUCUCAUCCUUAAACUUUCCAAAUGUUGUGUUGCCUUCAACUGUGAUUCUGGCCUUAGUUCAAUAUUUUUUCGGGCUUUGAGGGAUAAAUGUUGCUUUAUAUAUGGCCUUAUUAAUGUUUAAAUAUCUCAAUUUUAUUUCUUCUCAAUUGUAAUUAAUGUAAGGACCUUAAUCCAAUGGGAAGGUUAGGUUAAAAAUAUAUUAAAAACCAACAAAAAAAAUGGGAAAGAUUGAUUAGAAAAGCCAAAGAGACUAUAAGACAGAAGCGAGAAUGUUUGUCUGGAAAAAAAAAGAAAGAAAAAGGCAGCACCCCCAUCCAAACUGAUAGGAAAGCAUGUGGAAGCUUUAUAAGGGUGAAGACCAGAAGCCCUAAAAGGCUGCCCUAAUGAUUCCCUCACCUGGAGCUCGAUGGAAAGCCAUUUUACAAAAUCUAUACUAAAAAUAAUGGAAAAAGGCUAAAACGCUGAAUUAGAUUUUUUAUAAUUAAAUAAUUUAUUUUUCAUACAUACAGAAUAGUUGAAUUAUUUUAGUGAAAUUUUAUAGUAUUAAUCGGAAUACUAUGUUGAAUGGUGUAUAUAGCGUACUUUUCACGCACUGUAAAAAUGAAUAUAAUGUUAUCGAUUUUGUUUAUCUCAUUCUGUUAUUGUGAUUAAUGAGCUUGGUAAGAGAUGCGGGAAGUGUUAAGCAUUGUAGAUAGAGGGAAGUGAUAGAAGACAAAUAAAGAAAGUGCCAGGAUUCAGCUAGUCAAAGGGGGUCCCUGCAUUUCCCUGUCUUACCUCAUCAAUACCAAACCCCAACAUCCUACCUAGUGAAUUGUGCGGUACCUGAAAAAAAUGAAAAAAAAAAUCAUUAUUUAUGUACUCCCCUGAUUUUUCGGUCAUAUCCUUUUGAUGCUUUCUCACUAUGAUCACUUUUUUCAUUAAACUGACUGAAAAAAAAAUUAAAACUUUAAAAAAAUAGGAAAAUGUGUAAAAGAAGGUUCUUCCCACAAUAUUUCAAUGCAGCAGUAUUGAUAUGAUUUCAUGUAUUAUAUCCCCAGAACUUUUCUUAUCAAGGUGAAAGUAUUAAAGUACAUAAUAGAUUUUUUAUAUUUAUUUAAUUUUUCAUCUUUUGUAUUAUUUUAUAUGGAAAUGUUUGAUAGGCAAGUUGCCAUUUUAUAUUUUUUUGGUUGAAUAUUUUAUAUUACUUUUUAUAAAUAAAAAAACUAAGAAAUAAAAAAAAAAUUGUUAAACCAUUUUUGUAGACAAACUCGUUUCAAUAUUUUUAUACUGUCGGUUACAAUACUUUUACAUUUUAGAGGCUAGUUUAUAUUAUAAAUAUAUGUAUAUGUAUAUAAAUACGUAUAUACAUAUAUGUAUAUGUGUAUUUAUACAUAUAUACAUAUAUGUAUAUUAUGCGAAGAUCAAAAGUAAAUUUUUAGAGAUAGAUUUCUAUCUAAUGGAAUUUCAAAUUCCUUUUAAUAACUUCACAUGUCUACAAAUUUGCUGCAUCUUCGUAGUUUUACAAAAAAAAAUUUAUGAUGAUGAGUUUUCUCUCAUGGUAAAUUAGUUUUGUUAUUUAUCUCUAAAUAGAUAGUGGUUUUGAAACAUGAAUAGAUUUAGGGCUAUAAUUCAAUAACAUUUUGUACUCUUUAUGUAAGCAUCAUGUAAGACUACUUACUGUCUAGGUUAUCUGGCCAGUUUCUUCAGAAACAUAAAAGCCAGCAGGAAAAUAUCCUGCUUCUAUCCUUUUGCAUGUUCUUUAUAUCAAUGUGAUUGUUAACAACUAGAUUCUUAACAUUUAUCUCAUAUGUAUGUACAUAAAUAUGUAUGUAAUCUUAGGCAUACAUACAUAUUUAUAGUUAUAUAUAUGAUUAUACAUAUAUAUAUUUUUUAUUAAACAGAGUUUUUGCACUAUGUUAAUCAUGCAUGGAAAAUUGGUAUGAUAUGAAUAUUAAUUUCAUCAAUGAAAAUGAAUAUUUGUACUUUAGUAUUUUUGUACUGUGACAACAUUUUAUAAACUUAGAAUAAGAUAAUUUAGUGUAAACUACAUUGUUUUGUGGUUGUGUUCCUUUUAUCACUGAUUUUAAUUUUUGUUAUAUUAAAAAUUACGUACUAUAUAUUUUAUACUAGGAAUUUUAGAAGCUUUUCUAUUUUUGAAUAUCACUAGGCUAAUUCCGAUGUCCUUUUUGAUGUGAAAAUUUUCUAGUUUAGUGUAAUAUAAAUUGGUGUAACUCAUCAUGUGCGGUGUGUAUUAAUUUAAGAGCGUUCAUUGUAGAUAACAUCUAACAAUGCUGCCACAUAUUUAUAAAUACUUGAUAUAAUUAACAUUGAAUAUUUUAAACUUAUCUGUAAUUAAAGGAUGCUUAUAUUACUAGUCACUCAAGUUACUUUUUUUCAUAUAUGUGAUAAAAUGAAAUUGUUUACAAUAUAUUUAGUCAGUGUAUUGAUUACGGUUAGUAAAUAUUUUCAAUAUUAAUUUAGAACAUUCCUCAGCAUCAGAUGUGUUGUAUAUGUAUGCUAAUAAAAUAUAUAUAUAUUUUCUAUUAUGAUUGAUACAAUGAACGUUCAUUAUUUUUUAUUAUUUUUUUUUUUUUUGUUUCUUUGAAUCAGACCAAUACGGUGUUAAAGUUACCUAGGGGAUUGUUAAACAUCCAUGUAGAUAAAAAUUAUAGAAAAAUUCACUUAUCACUAUAAUGGUGUACAUCUAUAUAGUUAGUUUUGUUUAUAUCUUAUACAUAAAUAUAUUUUUUAUUUUAAUAAAUACUAGUUCUAAUAGCAUAUUGUUAUUAUUUUUGUAUAAUGUAUUUUUAUCUUUUGAUUUUUUUGAAAUAAAUUUAUAUGUUUGGUUUUUUGUGUUUUGCUUUAUUUUGCUCGUUUUCAGUAGUUUUAUGAUUAAUGACUAAAAUUGGAUAUUUUGAUGAAUUUGUAUUAAUUAGUGUCCACAUAUUGAAGAUCAGUCAAAAAUCCCACUGAAAAUACUAAUGUCAAUAACAUAUAAAUCUAUUAUUAUUUUUUAAUUAACUAUUAUUUAUAUGAAAAAAGUGGUUGAAGAUCAAUACUUAAGCAUAUGGGUAAGAAAGCACUUUUAUAUUUUUAUCUAGCCAUAGUGUGUAUUAGCGAUUUAGACUAUUACCAAAAUAUUUUGGAUUGAGACAUAAAAUAGUAGUCCUAAACUAAAAUUAAGCUAUGUACCUGUUUUAUAAUUUGAUAAGAAAAUAGAAAUUUCAAAGACAUCCAUCAAGUUGGCAUUUGAUAUGAAUUACAUCUCUGUUUUCACUCAGUCCCAAUCCAAAAUGUGAGAUAAACUAUAUUGACAUGAUAGGGAUAAAUUUUAAUCUAAUUUGAAAGAGUGGUCAUUCCAAUAUUCUCAAGUGUGCUUUGUUCUUUGUCUACCUUUUCUUGAUCGAUUGUCAAGUAUAAGGCAGACAUGAGCAGAAAGCCAUCGGCCUAAGUGGAGACCACAGCGUGACUAUAUCAAUACAAUGUGUAUAUUCAAAAUAAGACCUUCUUACUCGUUACAUUUGGUUGAAUAAUUAAUGUAAUUGUCAAAGAAAAGAAAAAAGAAAACAAAAAAUUCAUUACAACUCAAUUUGACAACUCGUUCAAUAAAAUAAAACUUGAUAUUUAUGAAAAAAUAGGUGAAUUCCUCUAAUAGAGAUUAACAACGAAAGAGAGCUUAUGAAGAAAACAUUUCUAGAGACCAAAAAAGAUAAGUGUAACAUCCAGACUAAAAAAUAAAUGAAUUUUAAAGGAAUUACUUGUUAAAAAAUAUAAGUUCUUGUUAAAGGAACCUUCAUUGUUUUGUUUCAAAAAAGGAAAAGUGACACUUGUAAUUAGCACAGCUAGUCAUGACAAGUGUAAUGUUUGCUAAAACUAUAUAAUAAAAAAGUCAUCUCGGCAUAUAACGAUUGUACUUAACUUCAUAGCAUACUCUAAAAUUAUUAACCAUUUCCAACAGAUUAAAGCAUUUUAUAAUUAGAAACACUGUGAUUUUAGUUCACCCUUCAUAGUAUUAGUUUUAGCCCAAAGUAAAGCGCCUAAUUUCAUUCAUUAUAUGAUUAAUAUAAUAAAUGAUAAUUUCUUCUUUGAAACAUGGUCUAUAGAAUUAGGAAAUUGAUUAGAUGGUUUAGCAGGAAGAUUUAAAAAAUUCUUAAUUGAUGAGGGCUAUGAGUGAAGGUUCCUGUCGACAAUUGGAAAUAUUGCUUACACAACAUAGAACUAAGGCUCAAAAUAAAUAAAUUACCAUCUGUGAAUGUUAACAUAUUUUUAUUGAUGUCUAUGUUUUCAAAACUUUUGUCUAAAUGUGAAUACUAAUGUAAAACCUUCUUAAUGUGCUUCUUACUCUUUCCUUAAUAAUUAAAUGAAAAAAAGCAAUUAUUAAAAUAAUUUUACAUAGCUGUAAUAGCUAAAACCUAUAAUAGAUUAUAGUUGUCACUCUUCAUGUUCUUCAAAUUACCGAUGGUCAAGCGCAUUGUCCAAACAGUUCUGAAAUAUAGACAUACUGAUUUCAAUAGUGAUGAUAGGUGUUUGUAUUUAUAGUAUCUAUAAUAAUAAAUAUGGUUAAUUUUCAAAACAAAAACAAUAUUUAUUGAUUCAUUACUCCAGCGUCACAGCAAAGAGUUUUAUAGCGGUAUUUCAUUGAAACUACCAAAUGCCUCAAAUGUAAUAAGUAGAAGAAGGCUAUGGAUAUAUAUUGUUUAUGCUACAAACAUAUGUCCCCUGAAAAAAGCUGCUUUGCUUUUGCUCAGGUGUGAUUAGUUCUAAUUAUAUUUGUGUUUUAAUUUUAAUCUUUAGAUAUACAUUUUAUAAAAGCUGUCUUAGUAAAAUAAAUUAUAAUCACAGUUUAUAAUCGUGUAUAAAUGUGUAAAAAAUAUUAUAUAUGUAUAUAUUAUAUAAUUUUUCAUAUUGUACUAAAGUUGAAGUUUUUAAGUUUAUAUUAAAAUGUGUUUUCAGCAUUCUUAGUGA